GGUUUCCCAGUCCUAUGUGCUCUGUUUCAGAUAUUUUGUCUCCUGGUCCUUUGUACUCUGCUUCAGGUAUUUUGUCUCCUGGUACUUUGUACUCUGCUUUAGAUAUUUUGUUUCCUGGUCCUUUGCACUCUGCUUCAGAUAUUUCUUGUAAUGCUUGUGUUAAAUUUUCUAAAUAA